AUGGGUUUAGCACAGUUUAUAGAGCUAUUAACAAUUUAUUUGCUUUGGACUAUUUUUCUAUUUUCACCUUUGGUUACAUUAUUUACAAUAUUUCUUCUAUCGUGGUUUUGGUCUCUAUCCAUGACUGCUACACUAUGUUUUAUAUACGGCUGUUGGAUUUAUUUUGAUCGUUAUACAGAUUCACAAGGAGGUCGAUGGUCUGAUUGGUUUCGGCGAUUGCCGAUUAUUAAACCAUUUGUAAAUUAUUUUCCUAUUAAAUUAAUUAAAACUGAAGAUCUUGAUCCGAAUCGAAAUUACAUAUUUGGUUUUCAUCCACAUGGUGCAUUUUCUUUUGGCGCAUUAGGUAAUUUCGCUACAGAUGCGACACAUUUCUCAAGUCUGUUUCCAAAUAUUCGCCCACAUUUGAUGCUUCUCCAUCUUCAAUUUCUAUUUCCGUUUACACGUGAAAUAUUACUUAAGCUAGGUGCAUGCUGUGUAUCGAAAGAGAGUUGUGAAUACUUCUUAAGUGGGAAAUCUGGCCAAGGCCAUGCAUUAGUUAUUAUUAUUGGUGGUGCACGUGAAAUGUAUCUUACAAAAAAUGAUACAAUGAAAUUAUAUUUAAAGGCUAGACAAGGCUUUGUUAGACUUGCAUUACAACAUGGUGCUUCGUUAGUACCAGUUAUUUCAUUUGGAGAAAACGAGCUUUAUACACGACAUGCUUGUUUCAAGUUGAUUCCCAAUGGUUUACCAUGGGGCCGAUUCAUCUUCGGGCAUGUACCACUUCGACAUCCUGUAAUUACUGUUGUUGGCAAGCCAAUUCACGUUACACAAAAUACUGAUCCAACAUCUGAAGAUAUCGAUCGACUUCAUAUUGCAUAUGUUCAAGCGGUAGAACAACUUUUUGAGAUAAACAAAAAUAAUUAUAAACUAGGACAUGUAAAGCUAGAAAUUGUUUAA